AUGGAUAAUCUGGCGCUAUGUGAUGCAAACAACUUUCCUCUAACGCCCAUAACAUUUUUGAAGAGAGCUGCGGAAUGUUAUCCAUAUCGAACUUCCAUAAUCUACGGACAGACUCGCUUCACUUGGCCUCAGACCUAUGACCGUUGUUGUCGUCUGACCGCCUCUCUCCUCUCUCUUAACAUCCGGAAGAACGAUGUAGUAUCCGUCCUGGCCCCAAACAUACCAGCCAUGUAUGAGAUGCACUUCGCCGUUCCCAUGGCUGGAGCUGUCCUUAAUCCUCUCAACACCCGUCUCGAUGCAAAAUCCAUAACCACAAUCCUCCGCCACGCCCAGCCUAAGAUCUUUUGCAUAGACCGUAGUUUUGAAACCUUAUCUCAAGAAAUCCUCCAUUUGCUAUCAUUUGACGACUCAAAACUUAAUAUGCUGGUCAUAUUUAUUGAUGAAACCGAUUUCCCUAAAACUAUUUCAUCCAGUGAGCUAAACUAUGAGUCUCUCAUCCGUAGGGGAGAACCUACGUCAUCCAUGGUCGCUCAUAUGUUUCGUGUUCAAAACGAGCACGAUCCGAUCUCCUUGAACUACACAUCGGGUACAACGGCCGAUCCAAAAGGUGUGGUGAUUAGCCACCGAGGAGCGUAUUUGAGCUCUUUGGGCGCGAUUAUGGGUUGGGAAAUGGGGACCUGCCCAGUCUACCUUUGGACUCUGCCCAUGUUUCAUUGCAAUGGAUGGACUUUCACGUGGUCAGUUGCAGCACGUGGGGGAACCAAUGUGUGUAUUAGGCACGUCACUACGUCUGAGAUUUUUAAGAACAUACAAAUGCAUGGUGUGACGCAUAUGUGUUGUGUUCCCACGGUGUUCAACAUUCUUCUGCAAGGAAAGCCGCUUGACCUAUUGAAUAGGUCUGGACCUGUUGAGAUGCUAACUGGGGGUUCGUCGCCUCCAUCUGCCCUUGUUAAGAAAGUUCAGCGGCUGGGGUUUCAUGUGAUACAUGCCUAUGGGCUUACGGAGGCCACCGGACCGGCUCUGUUUUGCGAGUGGCAAGACGAGUGGAACAGAUUACCAGAGAAUCAACAGCUGAAACUAAAGGCAAGGCAAGGGGUGGGAAUGUUAACUCUAGCUGAAACUGACGUGAAGAACACGCAAACACAGGAGAGUGUCCCACGAGAUGGGAAGACGAUGGGAGAGAUUGUCAUUAAAGGAAGCAGUGUAAUGAAAGGGUAUCUGAAGGAUCCCAAAGCUACACUUGAAGCGUUUAAAUACGGAUGGCUCAACACGGGAGACAUAGGCGUGAUUCAUCCUGAUGGCCACAUAGAGAUUAAAGAUCGGUCCAAAGACAUCAUCAUCUCCGGAGGGGAAAACAUCAGCAGUGUCGAAGUUGAGAAUGUUCUUUACAAACACCAUAAAGUGAAGGAGGCCGCGGUCGUGGCCAUGCCUCAUCCUGUGUGGGGAGAAACCCCGUGUGCCUUUGUUGUUCUCGAAAAGGGUGAGACUAAUCAAGGAGUUCGUGAAGAUAGUUUGGUGACCAGUGAAAGAGAUCUGAUUGAGUAUUGCCGUGAGAAUAUGCCUCGGUAUAUGUGUCCGAGGAAGGUCGUGUUCUUGGAUGAACUACCAAAGAACGGCAACGGGAAGUUCCUUAAGCCAGUUCUAAGAAACAUCGCUAACGGUUUGGUUGUUAGUGAUGAGAAUACUAUUAGUUCCAAUAUUGUUCAGCAGCACAAAGAGAAACGUCGUGUUAAUAGCCUCACUUCUCGGCUUUAA